AUGUCAUUAGAAGCAGAGAUAUCUGAACUAGGUCAAGAUGAUUCUCAACGAGAAUUGACUAUAAAGGAAGAAUAUCAAUUAUGGAGAAAAAAUUGUCGUUAUAUGUACGAAUUUGUUAGUGAGACUGCAUUAACAUGGCCAUCUUUAACAAUUCAGUGGUUACCUGAAAAUAAGACGAAUGAAGAAGAAGGUUUAAUUGAUGCUAAGUUGUUAUUGGGGACACAUACAUCAGGUGAAGAUACCAAUUAUUUAAAGGUAGCUAGUACGCAAAUUCCAUUGUCGAGUUCAAUUAAUCCAGAGGAAAAAUCAAGCAAGAAAGUUUCUUCCCGUAUUAAAAUCACCAAAAAGUUUGAAAAUAACUUUGAAAUAAAUAGGGCCCGUUACAUGCCACAGGAUCCAUCCAUCGUGUCCACGAUUAAUGGUGCAGGUGAAAUUGAUCUUUACAAUUUAAGUGGUGAAAAGAAAACUGCAAUUGCACAUUUGACCCCCCAUGAGGACAAUGGUUAUGGUUUGUCGUGGAACCCCCAUAAGAAAGGGUACUUAUUAACGGCCUCAGACGAUAAAACAGUAAUCUUGACUGACACAUCUCAACUAGAUGCUACAUCAGAGGUGUGCAAAUUCACUACGCAUAAAGAUAUUGUAAAUGAUGCUAAAUGGCAUCAGUUUGAUGAAAACUUGUUUGGAUCAGUUUCUGAUGACAAAUAUUUCUAUCUUUUUGAUAUAAGAACUCCAAAUGAACCAGUUUCUAAGUUUUAUCAUCCAGAAUCAGAGGGGAUAAACUCACUUUCCUUCUCUCCAUUCUCUCAAUAUUUGGUGGCCACCGGUAACGCCAACUCCAAUAUUAGUUUAUUGGACACAAGAAAAUUGUCUACGAAGUCAGGGGUUUCCGAUGGUUUGCUUCAUACAAUGAUGGGUCACUCUGACUCUAUUACCAGUUUGGAGUUUUCUCCCCAUAAGGAUGGAAUGCUUGCGUCUGGUUCGCAAGAUCGUCGUCUAAUUUUGUGGGAUUUAUUCAAAAUUGGUGAAGAACAAGCCCAAGAAGAUGCUGAAGAUGGCUGUCCAGAGUUGUUCAUGAUGCAUGCUGGUCAUACUGGUGCAGUAACAGAUUUAAGUUGGUGUCCUUACAAAGAUUGGACCAUUGGCUCAGUCGCCGACGAUAAUAUUGUACACUUAUGGGAAGUCGGCAAGACUCUACUCAACUCCGAGAAGGGAAUUGAGUUGAAGGAUACUGAUUUAGAAUAA